AAAAAAAAAAAAACGGGUUUUGGUAGCAUUAUUUCGGGAGCCAGUGCUCGAGCCCCACAGCUGGGGGCAGAAGACAAGAGAGGGGCGGCAGGACCACCCCGCAGGGCCGCGGACCGGGGUCGCACCGGAGGUCGAACGUGGGGACCGAGGUCGGACGUGAAGACCGAGGUCCACGGCCCUGCCCCCAGAGGGAGCGGGGCGGGGCGAGCGCAGCGACGCCGAGAGGCGGGCGGGAAGCAGGAAGGGCUGGGCGGAGAGGAGCCGGCGACUGCUGCAGCGGCCCGCACCAUGUCCGCGCGCAACCGGGGCACGGAGCUGGACCUUAGCUGGAUCUCCAAAGUACAGGUGAAUCAACCCGCAGUUCUGAGGCGUGCAGAACAAAUCCAGGCUCGCAGAACUGUGAAGAAGGAGUGGCAGGCUGCUUGGCUCCUGAAAGCUGUUACCUUUAUAGAUCUUACUACACUUGCAGGCGAUGACACAUCUUCCAACGUUCAAAGGCUCUGUUAUAAAGCCAAGUAUCCAAUCCGGGAAGAUCUCUUAAAAACUUUAAACAUGCAUGAUAAAGGGCUCACGACUGCGGCCGUUUGUGUUUAUCCCGCGAGGGUGUGUGAUGCUGUUAAAGCGCUGAAGGCCGCAGGCUGUACCAUCCCAGUGGCUUCAGUGGCCACUGGCUUUCCAGCUGGACAGACUCGUUUAAAAACACGAUUAGAAGAGAUCAGAUUGGCUGUGGAGGAUGGAGCUACGGAAAUCGAUGUGGUGAUUAACAGGACGUUGGUGCUGACAGGCCAGUGGGAAGCCCUGUAUGAUGAGAUCCGUCAGUUUCGCAAGGCCUGUGGGGAGGCUCAUCUGAAAACCAUCUUAGCAACAGGAGAACUUGGAUCUCUUACUAAUGUCUAUAAAGCCAGUAUGAUAGCAAUGAUGGCAGGAUCAGAUUUUAUUAAGACCUCUACUGGAAAAGAAACAGUAAAUGCCACUUUCCCGGUAGCUAUAGUAAUGCUACGGGCCAUUAGAGAUUUCUUCUGGAAAACUGGAAACAAGGUAGGCUUUAAACCAGCAGGAGGCAUCCGCAAUGCCAAGGAUUCCCUUGCUUGGCUCUCUCUCGUGAAGGAAGAGCUGGGCGAUGAAUGGCUGACGCCAGAACUCUUCCGAAUAGGCGCCAGUACGCUGCUUUCGGACAUUGAGAGACAGAUUUACCAUCACGUGACUGGAAGAUAUGCGGCCUAUCAUGAUCUUCCGAUGUCUUAAGUCAGUGACCAGUUCCAGGAGAGUUCUUUAUAGCAAUGUUUAAAAUGUGUUUUUCUAUAUAAUUGCGAAAAUUGUUUGAUUAAAAUGUGAGGGAAUGGAUAGGUAACUGACUUUUUUUCCCUUAAAACUUUCACUGAAUUUAAUUCAAAGAGUGAAAGAAAAAAA